AUGGAUGUAGACCAAUCCAAUAAAUCAACUACAACUACACCGAAAGUACAACAACCCAAACCGCAAGCACUUCCAAACCGUGCUGGCCCUUCGGCCAUUCUGGUAUCGUCGCGCCAGAAAGGAAACCCAAUACUGAACCAUGUGAAACUUGUGCCGUGGGAAUACGCCGAUAUACCUGCUGACUACGUCCUCGGCGCGACGACCUGUGCUCUGUUCCUCUCCUUGAAGUAUCACCGACUACACCCGGAAUACAUAUACUCUCGCAUACGACUCCUGGCCGGAAAAUACAAUCUGCGCAUCGUACUGGUUAUGGUAGACAUCCCGAACCACGAAGAGACAUUGAAAGAACUGUCCAAAACGUCUAUAGUAAACAACGUGACCCUGAUACUAUGCUGGUCUGCACCAGAAGCCGCGCAUUACUUGGAACUUUAUAAAUCCUCCGAAAAUGCGCAACCGACAGCUAUUCGCUCGCAACAAGCGCAGUCCUACCGAGAAAGCGUCAUUGAAUUCAUAACAGCGCCACGAAGCGUGAACAAAUCGGAUGCGGCGAGUUUGAUGUCUACAUUUGGCAGUCUACAAGCAGCUGUUAAUGCGCAACCGGAGCAGAUUAGUGCUGUUCCUGGCUGGGGAGAGAAGAAAGUGCGACAAUGGUCUAGUGCUGUUCGAGAGGAUUUUAGGGUUGAGUCUACGAGGAGAAAGGUCGCCCCGAUUAGAGAUUUUGGCACUGAAGAUGGUCCAGGCCCGACAUCAGCUGUGGAGGACGCCGACGAUGUCGAGUAUAUAGAAGAUGAUGAGGAUGCGGAAGAAAUUCUACUUGCUUCCGCUCAUCGUGAAUUGCAAACUGAGCAGCAGGCAUUGAGCGAAACGCCGUCCAAGAACGAGGUUCAACCAGAAGAUAGCAUGAGCGAAGGGAUCAUGGAUGCCCUGGCUAAACUACGCAAGCAGGAUACCUGA